AUGUCACUGCAGCUGUCAACAUGUGUCAUCACAGGGCCACAGUGUGACUGAAAUAAAGAAGGAAUGGUUUGACAUGAAGUUAAAAACUGCAACAAAAACGCCCUGUGAUGUAAUGUAAUGUAAACUGGUUACAAUGGACAGCAACCAGCAGAGAAUUUUCCUGCAAGUAUUAAGCUUAUCAUGACAACACUACACAAUAAAAUUUUGCUUCAUUUCUUAUGAACGUGGCAAGAAGAGGAAGCCCACCCCAACUGAUCAAGGUUCAUAUCAUCUUGGACCUGUGCUUAUCUGUCCUUACACCCCAAAUUUCACAAAUAACUUUUAUUAGAUCAUCAGUUCAAAAUAAAGGCAGUUACUGAUAGCGAUUUCUGAAAAGGUUUGUCUCAGAUGAGUGCCUGGAUUGAAGCUGGGGUAUGACCUCAACUCACCCUAGAGUUGUUGCCCCCCAAAAGUUUGAGAAACUCUGCUCUAACUAAAAAUAUCUAUCUGCUCUGUUCUGCUGUUACAGAGACCUUCACUUGCAGUAUCUUUAGCAGGAGUUCAUCCCCAUUGUUAAUGAAUGGAAACAAUGUGUCAGUGAAAGUGUGUGAAGGUGUGUAUAUGUGUGUUAGUACCUCGACAACCUGGCUGUGAGUCCCCAGGAGAAAAGCCCUUGAAGCCUAUAAGACAGUGAAGUAGUGUCAGGGUUUUCAGGGAGCUGCUGUCUCUCUCCAUAUCUCACACUGGUCAGAUGUAGACCAGCAGAAUUUGGGUCCAGAAUCACAGGAUUACAGCAGGCGGCCAUCUCCUUAAUCUUGUUCCAGAUGUGUUUGGACACAUCUAUCAGAGCUCCAAAGAGCGGAUAUGGGUCGUCCUGCGGGGGUUGCUGCUUGGCUCUCUCCUCUACAGCCUUAUAGUUGUUCAGAAAUGAGAUGUCUUUAGUGCUCAACUUAACUCUCUAUUCCUUCAUCAUUAUUCUGCUCCCCUUCCUCCCUAAAGGGAGCUAUCCUGGCCUCUUCUUCCUUUCUGGAAACUGGUGAAGCUUCUUAAACUGCUCCUUAAUCUGUCUCUCUGUGUUUUGGGCCCAUACCUUGUGUGUUCUGGCGGUUGAUCAAACUUGUUGAAUCUCUGCAGAUGAGACGCACUGGCUGACAAUGGUCCAGACAGAGGAGUUUCUCAGAAUGCAGAAGGCUGCAGAGGUCAUGAAAGCUGCAUACAGAUUCCUUAAUGCCAAGGCUGUUUCUCUCUUUGAAAAUCGUCUCUUACAAUGGGAACACUCACAUGUUUCUUCCUCCACCAGCUCUGCCAACAGUAUUUUCAAAAGCUGUGGCUACUUGAUGGGGGGACAGGAUCCUCAAAGAUUUCACAGCAGACAGAAAAUUAGAGAUUCUCCUCUGGUGGGGAAGCCAUGUUCUUUUUGAGUAAAAGUGAAAACAUAGCACAGUACAGUCAUUGCUCCCUCCUCUUGAAAUUUCACUGAAAUAUACUUUUACUGAGGGUUUUUUGUAACCCCACAACCAAUGUGUUGUAGGUCAGCAGGUUCAAGUAACAAUGUUGUAGUUUUCCAGUUUUCUCUCCUGUAGCUGCCCUCACUCUGAGGAGGUUGUGAGUUUGGUGUGAAAGUGAAUCUGAUUGUCUUUUUUCCAUCAGUUACAAACAUUUAAAUCUACCAUUUUAAAACUGCAGUUCUAUUUCAAACUCCCUCCCCUUAUUGUGAAACACACUGGAGCUGUUGGCUCCAUGUGGAUUUACAACAUUGACUUUAAGUCCUUAAAUCGUUUCCCCAAGAAGCUUGAUAACAGCAGUAUUCAUUUUUAUGGCUGAUUUUGUGUUUUUGUCAUGUUGUUAACAUGCUGAUAAACUGGAGCUUAGAUUCUUCAGUAUAGCUGGCUGGCUACUAUGCAGGGGACUGGAUGCAACUCAACCUUUUUAAAUCUGGCACAGGGAAGUUUGACAGACGUUCACCCAGCAUGGAUGUCAAAGUUGAUAUGCAUGCUUUCCUCACUGGUGACGGAAGCCAGUUCUCUCAGUUGGGUAAGACAGAUGGAGGUUCACAUCAAAACAACAGAUUAUGCUGCUGUUAAACAGAGACUUAAAAAUGUUGUUUGGAUUGGGACAGUUCAUGGAACUCAGAGCCAGCCUUUCUGCUCAUGGGCAUGCUCCUGGUGAGAGCCUGGACCAGCUGACUCAGCUGGACAAGGUCCUGAACUACAGGGGUGUGAGGAAAGGUUCUGACUGACCUGGAUCUGGUCUUAAGAAGUGCUGUAAACAGAGUGCCAGUGAUUUAAGGGAGACUUUGCCUAUUUUGGUGCAGUACAAGAAUGCCAAGGAAACUCUGCAGAGAGUGCAUAUGUGAGCAACCAUCUGGCUAUGCUGUCUGUGUCAGUUACCACUGGCCUUCAUAGGACUGUUGACAAGCUAUCAGAGGAGAUGUACUUUAUGAGGACAGAGAUGAAAUAAAAGUAUGAUGAGAACCAGCUACUGAGGGCCUGAAACCCUGAAAAUAGGGAGCAGGGGUUCCUCUCACUCUGGGUAAGAUGCUAUGGCUACAAUUGCAUGAGAUGCCAGUCGGGGGGGAAAUUAGCCAUCAAGAGCUGGGCUAAUUUCCUGUUUCCAAGCCACCUGGAGUCAAGAGCCUGUGUCUCAGGUGGCAUGUCCAAUGAGGAGAUUUGGCUAAGAGGAGCUUUGUGCAUUUCCUGUCACAGCAGCAGGAUACUGCCAGAGACACAUCAGCAAGUCUUUUAGUGGUAAGGGUUGAGGCCCACAUCCCUGCCUCUCUGACAAAAGGUAUCUGACACUGUAACAUUUUGGAGAGCACCACUGGAUGGUGAUAGCACAUCUCACGUCGUGGACCCUACUUUGACCAUGCAAUUGGAACAAGUGCAAAGUGGUAGGUCUUGGGUGCAAGGACUACCACCUGUACCUGCUAUUUUGGGUGCAAAAUGCAAAAGUGGUGGGUGAAGUGGAUCAGAGGAUGUGAUGACUAAUUAAUUUUCUCUCAGCUGAACCAAUCACAGUGAAGCUUGACAACAAGAGCUCUACAAAUGGAUAAAUGCUUUUCCAGGAAAUCAUAUUGUCUUUUGGUGUCGCAAUGUGAGCACACAGCCCCACUGACCAUAGCUUCAUAAAUGGUCACAUCAUGUUGUAGUGAAUAUGACAACAGCAUCUGGAUUCAAGGAAUAAAACAUGAAAUGCCACUUUUGCUAAAAAGAAAGAGAGAAAUGGCACAUGAUUGAUGAGCCACGGUAUCUCCCACAGAAACAGAGAGAAUACAGAGUUGAAACUCACCUCUCUGAUACAUGUAGAGGUGUGUGUGGUUAGCCUGGUGUCAUUUGCACAUGAUUUAAUCAAGGUAAGCAGACAUCUGUGCCUAAUGGCACUGCACUCUGAUGUGGCACUUCUCGAAUCAGAGGCUGCAGAUUUAUUGAUAUACUGUAUCUGAUAUGAUGCCUUCAGAUGGCUGCAGGAAUUUAAUGAACCGAAUGGGAAGCUUUUCCAACAGUCUAAAGCAGCUGUGGACAAAGAUACUGUGAGAACUUUAAUUCUUAGAUCAAUGCUGACUUAUUUGCUGCCAUUCCAGCUUUUAUCAUGUUAGACAUAAAACUUUGAUGCUGUUUCUAUCGAUUGAAGCAUGUUUGAUUAAAAUAAUUUAUUCACAUUUCUCAACAUUAUUCUGUUAUUGCUGCACAUUUUCUGCAAAUAUUUGGUUUGCUCUGUUUGAUAUUAUCACCAAAAUGGCAAAACACAGUGCUGAGACAUCUAUCCUCAGCUCAAGUCUAAGACCCAACUUCCACCAAAGUUGGCUGCCUUUUGUGUGCAGCACUGGGCACAAAGUACAACCCAGACGGCCAAAGUAAGUUUCAUGGUAGGGAAAUACCAAAAUGUCAGAGUGCUGAUUGUGUGGGCCAUUUCACUGCCAUGAAAAUAGGGCCCCAAAUGUACAAAGGGUGAUGGAGGUACUAAGGUUUCCAUACUAGCAGACUCUGUGUCAUUGAUUAAACUUCAGAAUAUAACUGCCGAUGACAUACCACCUUUUGCUUAUGACUUAUUAAAAAGUGUGAAACCCUUGUGUAUUUGGCACUCUGUAAUGUUGAAGGAAGACCAACACAGAAGGGGUUUGUUCACAACUUGGAAUCCCAAACGUCCCUCUAGCUUGCAUGAUCCUGCUUAGAGUUGCUGAAGACUGUGACUGCUGUAAUGCAUCUGUAUGUGCGAGAAAGGGUGAUAUGUGUGUGUGAAAGUAGGUACCAGUGCAUUUGUAAUCCAGAGGUCUGCCAGGAGCGCAGGAGCGAGAGGGAAUUACCAUCUGCUAGUUCUCUGCCAACAUCCAACGCAGUGCUAACCGUCUUCCUCAUGCAUAAUUACCCCCACACACAGUCCACAAGGCUGAUUCUACUCCACGAGAUUGCCUCAGUCGCUGCCUUGGCUCACUCCUAAAGCCUGAUUUAGCAGCAGAUUACAGAGUUAGAUUAGCACAGCCGAGCACCAGGACAUUUUUUUCAAAAGUAGACCCCAGGUCAGUGCAGAACUGUUUCCCUGAAGGGUCAGGUCUGGAUUCAGUAAGGCUACACUAAGCCCUGCUGUGGGAUGAAUUACAAAGGGCACAUUAUGAAUGAAUUUUAAACUGCUGUUAAUCAGUUCCUUUAAAUCCAUGACUUCCUUUUCAUAUUUUGCGUAAUUUGAAUUUGCUGCAGCAGGUUCAGAAUUCAUUAUUUUGGGUUGCGAUUGGUCAUGCACUUAUAUUUGAGAGCAUCGGUGCAUGCAAUACAGUAGAGAGCAUAGACAGACAGUUGGUGUGGUGUGUUAUGGUGCACUAUAGCAGAGUUACAGUCUCUUUAGACAGUCUUUUCAGUCCAGUCACAUAAUGCUGCAAGCAUGGCUGUCUGAAGGCCCAAACAUCCUGCCACCAGAGUCUUUCCACCGCUUACAACAAGCAUGUCUCUCUGUCUAGACAUUUUCAGUUUGCAGAGAUGCUGGGAGAUUGUUGAUAACCUUUUCUGACAGGGUUAACCUCUGUUUUUCCUUUCUUUUUUGGGGGGGUGGGGUGGGGGUGCUGUUUCUACACAAGUCCUUGUUCCAAGCUGGACAGAGGCUUGCUUAAUUCAAAGCCAGACACAGGCAGAGAAGAAGGCAUUCUGCCCAAGACAGAGGUAUAACUACAGAGGAUGCAAAGAUAAAGAGAGACUUAUUUAAGAAAGAAAAAAGAAAAAGAGACUAAAUGAAGAGGUUGUUUAGUAUGCUCCUCCCGUGCUUUGUAAAUGUCCCUGUUUUUUUUAUCAGAUGGGAAAAUGUGUUAGCACCUGCAUUUCUCCCUCUCUCAUUCCCUCUCUCUCUCUCUGUUUCUUUCCCUCUGUCUAUUUCAAAAGCCUUUCUUCCUGUCUCCAGAUCUUCAUUCUUCUCCGUUUUAUCCCUCUCUGCCUCACUCUUUAAUUCUUGAGGCAGUCAAAGCAGAACAGACAGCAUGCUUGGAGAACAAAACAGAGCGCACUGUCAGUGAAACUGAGUCUCAACAUUUCACCUCUUGUCUUCCUCAUUUUCUUUCCUCUCCCCUCGUGCUUCUCUCUGGCCAACCUGCCUUUUAGUCCUUUUUGGGGGCGGGUGUCUCAUUGCAGGGACGUUGAUAUUUAUUCUCCUCUCCUCUCUUUUCCUCUUCUCUCCUCUCCAGAGGAUCCUCUGCAGUGUCGAAGUGUGAUAUAUCAUUCCCCUGGGCAUUCAGGGAGGCAGGUAGCCUGUUAUGGGUGUAGGUUCUCAGGGCUGAUGAUACACUGUUAGCCCGAGGUGAUCCUCUGCUGCUAUUUAGGUGUUCCUCUCCUCCGUGUAUGUUUGGCUGUGUGUGUGUUUACAUUGUGUAUGUGUGUAGAUAGCGGGCUAUAAAGUUCCCAGCCAGUAAUUUCAUGUUUAUGUUUAUUAGCAUACAAAAGACUUACAAGAGUGGAUUUGCACACUGUAAACAUGCAAGAUACGCAAGGCACAGGAAACAUGCCUACUCUGCCUGUGUGUACAUCUCUGUGUCUUUGUUUGUCUCACACACACACACACACACACACACAGAGAGAGAGAGAGAGAGGGAGAGAGAGAGAGAUGCAUAUGGGUAUGGAUGACUCAUUAACUCAGCCACUGCCAUGCAUCCCUGAUUGACAGGUACCGAUAGAUGGAGCAGGAGGGAGCCUUUCCUAUACCCUCCCCCGCUGUCUCACACACCCCUCUCUCUCUCCCUCUCCCUCUUUUUCUCCAUCUCCCUCUCACUCUGCCUCAGCAUCUCGGAGCCACCGGCAGCAUCAACAGUGAGAGAAGAGACUGAGUUUCCACACACGGUCUCAGAGUGGAGCACACACACACACACACACACACACAAAAAAAAAAAAAACACACACACACACACACACACACACACACACUAACACACAUGCACAGGGAGAAAACGGGAGGUGGACAGAGGCUCCAGCUGUAGCAUGUCCACUGGCUGCAGUCAGACAUGUAGGAGGAGGAGGUGUUCUGCUCGCCGUUCCAUGUCCGCUUCAGUCUUCUAAGCACCUCCCACCCCCCCACCUCUUGAAUGCUCGCUCUCUGGCUCUGCGGUUGCUGAGGGGCUGGCUGGAAUGACCCGGGAGAGCAGGAGACACAAGGAGAUGCGCUAGACGGGGCUGCUGGCUGGGAGGACUCUCCGAUCCUUGAUCCCUCUUUUUCUCCAGGCUGACAGACACAAGGCAGAGCUCUGAUCUGCCCCACAGAUGCAUGCCCAUAUAGGAGGGCAUGGCUGUGUAGACCGAGGGUCUUCAUCAAGCACAGCCACAGCGAGAAGGACCACCAGAGAGACACGCAGGUACACACUCCACCAACCAGGCACCUGUGUGUGUGUGUGUUUGUGGGAGUUCCCUGCUUAGAAAAACCAGCUCCUGUCCACAAGUCAGCAUUCAGAGAUCGUGAAUGAUUGCAAAACGGAGUGAGGCCUUUGCAGUGCGACCGUGUCCCAUGCUGCUCCCUCCUCUCAGGGGAUGGCCAAGGUCCAGGAUGGACACACGAAUGCAUGUGACAGCUCUGCAAUGUUAGAGGAGAGCCAAGAUGGUAUGGACAGUGGUACCCUAAGUCCUGCCUCAGCUCGACAGGUCACCAUCCAGCGCCACCCGAUUCAAGGCUUUGGCUUCAUUGCAGGCAGCCAGAGGCCUGUCAUUGUACGCUCCGUCUCUGCUGACGGCCCCUCCUUUGGCAAGCUUCUCCCUGGAGACCAGAUCUUGGCCAUUAACGAGGAGACGGUGAGCGACGCGCCCCGAGAGAGAGUCAUAGACCUUACGCUGCAAAGACACUAUAGUUCUCACUGUGCUGCAGCCCCAUCAGUCACCUAAGUCUGCCUUCAUAAGUGCAGCCAAAAAGGCCCGCCUGCGAACUAACCCGCCUAAAGUGCGCUUUUCAGAGCAAGUGUCCAUCAGCGACCCAGACUCAGUAAGUUCAACUUGUCAUGUCCCUGUGUGACACAUGCAUGCAAACGCGCGCUGUCCACCCCGUCUCUCCCUC